GGGUCUGGAUGUUACACGAGGAGUAGUCAUUGUUCAGCCGAGAUAAUAACAAGUUGAUCUUGCGUGAACAAAGUGCGUAUUGGAGAUUUCUUUGUAUUCUUAACUGACUGAUACGAUAUUUCGACAGAAGCAAAGCGGGCAAUAAUGAAUAUAAAAAUUAAAAUAUUUGUGAUUACCGUGGUUGUUAUUUUAUUUAUUUUUGCAGACACUGAAGGUAUUAAAUUUUCCUUGGGAAGAAUUGGUAGUAGAGGAAGAGUCUCUGGCGGGAGAAGCACCUUUUGGCAGACGGGCUCGAGCUCACGUAAAGUAGGAUGGAACCUACCGCUAAGUAGCUACUAUAAUAAAGAAUCAAUAUCCAGGACCAGUUAUGCUAAUCCGACAUCUUUAUCCGAAUUUGCAUUCAGAUCUAGCGGGAUAAAUAUGCAAUCAAGAUAUCCAUCAGUGCCUAAUUCACCGUCAUAUAGUCCAUCAGGCGAAUAUUCUCAGCAACUUGCCAGAGAUUCUUACCGUGGCACAGGUCUGGUUUACCCGCGCCCCUUCAACAUAAAUUCUUCGUACCCCAAUUAUGAUGGCCAUUCGCUGUACGAUCAUGUAAUAUAACUUCUUUUUAUUCUUGUAAUACGAUAAACUUUAUUACAACAACAAGAAGUAUGUAUUUUAAUUUAUUAAGAAAAAAUUUUUUGAUCUUAUAAUAAACAAUACUAAUUUUCUUAUGGAA